AUGGCAUCAACUUCCCUCAAUUCAAUCCCUCUUACAUCUUCUUCCCUUAACAUUCCUCAUUGCUACUCCAUUCCCUCCUCUACCUUCUUCUCUUCUCCAAUCCGCGCAUUCAAACCUCUGUUUGCUGAAUCAAAAUCCCACUGUUACCAGAAGAAAAACGAUUCUGUCUUCUCUGUCAAAGCCCAAACCCUAGACUUCACUGAUUCAUUCUUCGAAGGUGGAUUAGGGUCGGAAGAUGACCUGAAUUCUUCCGGAACUGGUCUUACUGCUACUGAGGAGAAGGAGGAACCGCAAUGCCCACCCGGACUUAGGCAGUACGAAACAAUGGCGGUUUUGAGACCUGAUAUGUCUGAGGAUGAGCGACUCGCACUCACCCAGAAGUACGAGGAGCUGCUUGUUGCUGGAGGUGGCAUGUAUGUAGAGGUUUUUAACAGAGGAGUUAUUCCACUAGCAUAUAGCAUCAAGAAGAAAAACAAGGCAGGAGAGACCAACACAUAUUUGGAUGGAAUCUACCUUCUAUACACCUACUUCACUAAGCCCGAAUCUAUAGUCGCUCUUGAGGAGACACUCUUGGCGGACGAUGAUGUUCUGCGAUCAACGACCUUCAAAAUCAAGAAAAGGAAGUAUUAG